AGCUGUCAAAGUGUGAAUGACACUCACACACUCACACACACUUCGGUUUGUUUUUCUUGUAAAUUGCUUUUGAUUUGCAUACGCGGAAGCGUAUUUAAUAAUACAGUCAGUUAUCCAUACUCAAACUGGACAGGAAAUGUUGAAAUGUUCGCAGCGCGAUUUCAAUCAGAGCCGCAGGCCGCGCCGCUUAUUCGCCCAUUCGAAUUGUAUUUGAAAACAAGAUAAGUAAGAUAAGCAUAAUUUAUACGCUGUAUAAAUCAAUUUCUUCUUAUAUUAAAUUGUGAAAUAUAAUACAUGGCCACAGCUGAUGCUCUUUAGCUGUCAAUUGGCUGGACAUCAGCUCGUGACGCACACUCAGACUCUCACACAGCAUGCUAAUAAAUUCGACUGAGUGGCUCAAUUAAAUAAUCGCCCACAAUCAGUGAAUAUAUCGUCAGAGUUGGGGUCGAACUGGGCUCUACGCGUCGCUCGCUCAGUCAGUAGCAAAAUGAGGCGAGAACGCAAAACAUCUUUCAGCUAUCAUAGUGUCCUGCUGGCAUUGAUCGCGUUCGUGGCUGUGGUCGGCGGUGCACCGCAGCUGAAGAGCUCGUCGAUGGAGGGUGCCGAUGGGUCAUCAGAUGCCGAAAACAAGUCCAGCUCUAGUGAGGAGGACAGCCGUUCGAGCAGCAAGGACGAUAAUGUUUCGGACGAUUUGAUUGUGCUCACCUCGGACCGUGGCCCAACCAAAACGCCAUCGAAAUACGACGAUCUCUUGCGAGAGCUCGAAGAGAAGGAACAGGAAGAACCAUUCAAUCCUGCCCCGCCUCUGAACAUAAGCGAUUUUGUGGCGUUGAUACCCGCCAGGCAGGUGGUGGCCAUCGUCAACAAUUAUUAUCGCCACGACGAAGAGGUGCAGCGAGGAUACGAUUUCAUCAAAACCGAGAUCUUUGAACUGCUGCAGAUGGCCGAUGUGCUGGCUGUGACGAAUUAUUUGCAUGGCAUCGGCUUAGACGUAAUCGAUCUGGCGCAGGCCGUGGUGUUAACUCUGAAGUCAGCCUCUGCGGACAACACACCGGGCAGCGAACUGGAUGUGGCCAUUGUCAAUGAGGAGCAGAAGGGCGUGCACGGCCUAGUUGACAGCAUACUGGGCUUACUGUCAGCAACAAAAUUCAGUGAGAUGUAUGCCAAUAAAGUCAAAACGGACGAACAUUUCGCCAAGUUCAACAACAACUUGUUCUCAGCGGAGUUCAAAAUUAUAUGGAACAAUCUGUAUUAUUCAGAGCCUGUACGUGAAUUGUUCUACAAAGACAAGGAUGACAUAUAUCUACCACAGAUUUACGAGUUCAUAAGGCACAUCGACAUAUGUGCAACUGACACGCCCAUAAGAGGAGAGCUCAGAUUGAGGACAUGCCUGCAACAUGAAUCGCCCAUAACACCAAAGUCUAAAUAAAGUUCUUACGCUUACGUAUGUGAAACAAUUAAACAGCUAAACAGAUUAGAGUGGA